AUGUCAUCAAUUAAUUCAUUAUAUGUGACUUGUAAGAAUAAUGAUAUAAGUCGUGUACGUGAACUUCUACAAACUUUGCCCGAUGAUGAAUUGAGUGAGCAAGGUCCUAAUAAGCGUAAAGCUUUGGAUGUUAUCGCAUCAUAUGGAUAUGCGGAUAUAUCAGAACUUUUAUUGGCACAUAAAAAUAUUAAUCAAUCGAUCAAAACUCAAUGGAGUUGCAUUGCUAACGAUGAAGCUCCUGCUUACUUGAAGUUUUUGUUUGAUAAAAUGUCGACGAUUGGCCAGAACGAUACCAUCAAUGAAUAUGAUGACUAUGCCGAAGAAUUAAUUGAAUAG